AUGGGUACCGAGUCGGAAUAUACUAAUCAGCACCAAAGUAACAAAAUAUACAAAUGUCAUUGUUAUGACGUAGCUACCUUACUGACAAGAAAGUUGGUUCCGGGGCUCGGAGAAACAGCGCCCAACUUCCCGACUCCGUGCUGCUGCAGCUGCAGCGUAGCUCUACCACGAAUUAUGGGUACCGAGUCGGAAUAUACUAAUCAGCACCAAAGUAACAAAAUAUACAAAUGUCAUUGUUAUGACGUAGCUACCUUACUGACAAGAAAGUUGGUUCCGGGGCUCGGAGAAACAGCGCCCAACUUCCCGACUCCGUGCUGCUGCAGCUGCAGCGUAGCUCUACCACGAAUUAUGGGUACCGAGUCGGAAUAUACUAAUCAGCACCAAAGUAACAAAAUAUACAAAUGUCAUUGUUAUGACGUAGCUACCUUACUGACAAGAAAGUUGGUUCCGGGGCUCGGAGAAACAGCGCCCAACUUCCCGACUCCGUGCUGCUGCAGCUGCAGCGUAGCUCUACCACGAAUUAUGGGUACCGAGUCGGAAUAUACUAAUCAGCACCAAAGUAACAAAAUAUACAAAUGUCAUUGUUAUGACGUAGCUACCUUACUGACAAGAAAGUUGGUUCCGGGGCUCGGAGAAACAGCGCCCAACUUCCCGACUCCGUGCUGCUGCAGCUGCAGCGUAGCUCUACCACGAAUUAUGGGUACCGAGUCGGAAUAUACUAAUCAGCACCAAAGUAACAAAAUAUACAAAUGUCAUUGUUAUGACGUAGCUACCUUAGUGACAAGAAAGUUGGUUCCGGGGCUCGGAGAAACAGCGCCCAACUUCCCGACUCCGUGCUGCUGCAGCUGCAGCGUAGCUCUACCACGAAUUAUGGGUACCGAGUCGGAAUAUACUAAUCAGCACCAAAGUAACAAAAUAUACAAAUGUCAUUGUUAUGACGUAGCUACCUUACUGACAAGAAAGUUGGUUCCGGGGCUCGGAGAAACAGCGCCCAACUUCCCGACUCCGUGCUGCUGCAGCUGCAGCGUAGCUCUACCACGAAUUAUGGGUACCGAGUCGGAAUAUACUAAUCAGCACCAAAGUAACAAAAUAUACAAAUGUCAUUGUUAUGACGUAGCUACCUUAGUGACAAGAAAGUUGGUUCCGGGGCUCGGAGAAACAGCGCCCAACUUCCCGACUCCGUGCUGCUGCAGCUGCAGCGUAGCUCUAGCACGAAUUAUGGGUACCGAGUCGGAAUAUACUAAUCAGCACCAAAGUAACAAAAUAUACAAAUGUCAUUGUUAUGACGUAGCUACCUUACUGACAAGAAAGUUGGUUCCGGGGCUCGGAGAAACAGCGCCCAACUUCCCGACUCCGUGCUGCUGCAGCUGCAGCGUAGCUCUAGCACGAAUUAUGGGUACCGAGUCGGAAUAUACUAAUCAGCACCAAAGUAACAAAAUAUACAAAUGUCAUUGUUAUGACGUAGCUACCUUAGUGACAAGAAAGUUGGUUCCGGGGCUCGGAGAAACAGCGCCCAACUUCCCGACUCCGUGCUGCUGCAGCUGCAGCGUAGCUCUACCACGAAUUAUGGGUACCGAGUCGGAAUAUACUAAUCAGCACCAAAGUAACAAAAUAUACAAAUGUCAUUGUUAUGACGUAGCUACCUUAGUGACAAGAAAGUUGGUUCCGGGGCUCGGAGAAACAGCGCCCAACUUCCCGACUCCGUGCUGCUGCAGCUGCAGCGUAGCUCUACCACGAAUUAUGGGUACCGAGUCGGAAUAUACUAAUCAGCACCAAAGUAACAAAAUAUACAAAUGUCAUUGUUAUGACGUAGCUACCUUAGUGACAAGAAAGUUGGUUCCGGGGCUCGGAGAAACAGCGCCCAACUUCCCGACUCCGUGCUGCUGCAGCUGCAGCGUAGCUCUACCACGAAUUAUGGGUACCGAGUCGGAAUAUACUAAUCAGCACCAAAGUAACAAAAUAUACAAAUGUCAUUGUUAUGACGUAGCUACCUUACUGACAAGAAAGUUGGUUCCGGGGCUCGGAGAAACAGCGCCCAACUUCCCGACUCCGUGCUGCUGCAGCUGCAGCGUAGCUCUACCACGAAUUAUGGGUACCGAGUCGGAAUAUACUAAUCAGCACCAAAGUAACAAAAUAUACAAAUGUCAUUGUUAUGACGUAGCUACCUUACUGACAAGAAAGUUGGUUCCGGGGCUCGGAGAAACAGCGCCCAACUUCCCGACUCCGUGCUGCUGCAGCUGCAGCGUAGCUCUACCACGAAUUAUGGGUACCGAGUCGGAAUAUACUAAUCAGCACCAAAGUAACAAAAUAUACAAAUGUCAUUGUUAUGACGUAGCUACCUUAGUGACAAGAAAGUUGGUUCCGGGGCUCGGAGAAACAGCGCCCAACUUCCCGACUCCGUGCUGCUGCAGCUGCAGCGUAGCUCUACCACGAAUUAUGGGUACCGAGUCGGAAUAUACUAAUCAGCACCAAAGUAACAAAAUAUACAAAUGUCAUUGUUAUGACGUAGCUACCUUACUGACAAGAAAGUUGGUUCCGGGGCUCGGAGAAACAGCGCCCAACUUCCCGACUCCGUGCUGCUGCAGCUGCAGCGUAGCUCUACCACGAAUUAUGGGUACCGAGUCGGAAUAUACUAAUCAGCACCAAAGUAACAAAAUAUACAAAUGUCAUUGUUAUGACGUAGCUACCUUACUGACAAGAAAGUUGGUUCCGGGGCUCGGAGAAACAGCGCCCAACUUCCCGACUCCGUGCUGCUGCAGCUGCAGCGUAGCUCUACCACGAAUUAUGGGUACCGAGUCGGAAUAUACUAAUCAGCACCAAAGUAACAAAAUAUACAAAUGUCAUUGUUAUGACGUAGCUACCUUACUGACAAGAAAGUUGGUUCCGGGGCUCGGAGAAACAGCGCCCAACUUCCCGACUCCGUGCUGCUGCAGCUGCAGCGUAGCUCUACCACGAAUUAUGGGUACCGAGUCGGAAUAUACUAAUCAGCACCAAAGUAACAAAAUAUACAAAUGUCAUUGUUAUGACGUAGCUACCUUACUGACAAGAAAGUUGGUUCCGGGGCUCGGAGAAACAGCGCCCAACUUCCCGACUCCGUGCUGCUGCAGCUGCAGCGUAGCUCUACCACGAAUUAUGGGUACCGAGUCGGAAUAUACUAAUCAGCACCAAAGUAACAAAAUAUACAAAUGUCAUUGUUAUGACGUAGCUACCUUAGUGACAAGAAAGUUGGUUCCGGGGCUCGGAGAAACAGCGCCCAACUUCCCGACUCCGUGCUGCUGCAGCUGCAGCGUAGCUCUACCACGAAUUAUGGGUACCGAGUCGGAAUAUACUAAUCAGCACCAAAGUAACAAAAUAUACAAAUGUCAUUGUUAUGACGUAGCUACCUUACUGACAAGAAAGUUGGUUCCGGGGCUCGGAGAAACAGCGCCCAACUUCCCGACUCCGUGCUGCUGCAGCUGCAGCGUAGCUCUACCACGAAUUAUGGGUACCGAGUCGGAAUAUACUAAUCAGCACCAAAGUAACAAAAUAUACAAAUGUCAUUGUUAUGACGUAGCUACCUUAGUGACAAGAAAGUUGGUUCCGGGGCUCGGAGAAACAGCGCCCAACUUCCCGACUCCGUGCUGCUGCAGCUGCAGCGUAGCUCUACCACGAAUUAUGGGUACCGAGUCGGAAUAUACUAAUCAGCACCAAAGUAACAAAAUAUACAAAUGUCAUUGUUAUGACGUAGCUACCUUACUGACAAGAAAGUUGGUUCCGGGGCUCGGAGAAACAGCGCCCAACUUCCCGACUCCGUGCUGCUGCAGCUGCAGCGUAGCUCUAGCACGAAUUAUGGGUACCGAGUCGGAAUAUACUAAUCAGCACCAAAGUAACAAAAUAUACAAAUGUCAUUGUUAUGACGUAGCUACCUUAGUGACAAGAAAGUUGGUUCCGGGGCUCGGAGAAACAGCGCCCAACUUCCCGACUCCGUGCUGCUGCAGCUGCAGCGUAGCUCUACCACGAAUUAUGGGUACCGAGUCGGAAUAUACUAAUCAGCACCAAAGUAACAAAAUAUACAAAUGUCAUUGUUAUGACGUAGCUACCUUAGUGACAAGAAAGUUGGUUCCGGGGCUCGGAGAAACAGCGCCCAACUUCCCGACUCCGUGCUGCUGCAGCUGCAGCGUAGCUCUAGCACGAAUUAUGGGUACCGAGUCGGAAUAUACUAAUCAGCACCAAAGUAACAAAAUAUACAAAUGUCAUUGUUAUGACGUAGCUACCUUAGUGACAAGAAAGUUGCUUUUAUGUGAUAGUGAAAAUUAA